UGGAAGGAGUCCCGGACCAGGAGCCUCCCCCUCCUGACAGGGAGGGAGGCAGGGAGGUAAAGAGAGGGAGACCCGGGGACCCUGAGACUCUGAGCAUCGCCGUCAUGGACUCAAGUGUUUGCGCUCUGGAGCUGCUGGGGGUCUUCUUCUCGGCGGGGGCCUGGAUCUGUUCGCUGGCCACCACCCUGAUGUCCACCUGGCUCACCCUGUCCACGGAGCUCCUCCCCACCGAGAGCUACGAGCUGGGGCUGUGGGAGACCUGCGUGGUGCAGGACCUGGGGGGCCUGGAGUGUCGGCCCUACGACAGCCUGCUGGGUCUGCCCCCGGACAUCAAGCUGGCCCGGAUCCUGAUGUGCGUGACGCUGGGCGCCGGGAUGCUCGGGCUGCUGUUGGCCAUCCCCGGGAUACACCUGGUGAACAGCUGCCACGGACGGCUGGACGACCUCAGGUGUAAGAGGGCCCUAAAGAUGGCUGGGGGGGUGCUGUGCCUGGUGGCCGGGAUCCUGGGGCUCAUCCCGGUCUCGUACAUCGCCCACCUCACGGUGGUCCGGUUCUUCGAUGAGUCGGUGCCGGACGUGGUCCCGCGCUGGGAGUUCGGGGACGCUCUGUUCUGCGGCUGGACGGCCGGAUUUCUUCACCUGGUGGCGGGAACGCUGCUGCUCACUUCCUGUCUGUGUCUGCAGAAGGACAGCUGUGACAUCCCCGUGCCCAUCCCUCUGGUGGGGGCGCAGCCGGGACUCCCCUUUAUCAGGACCAGGUCCGAGUAUGUCUGA